UUUUACUGACGUCAAUGGCUUCAAUCUAGGCCCCGGAUGAACCUGCCAUUGGGGGAAGUGAACAGGGCCAUCAAAGCACAGUAACUGAAAUGGUGUAGAGGGGAUAAAGCAAAAACAAAACCCUCAUUGGAUUAAUUCUAAAAGGGGACCCUUUGAAAUCACAACGACUACCUCUGAAUUGGAUUUAAAUAAACAGUGGAACUGGAAGAAUUGAUCAGGGGAACUGGAGUUGGAGCUACCUUGCUGCUGACUGUAACGCUAGCUAACGUUAGCUAACGUAGGAAAAAACCUUGCUGAUUAGCAAGCUAGCUACGUAGCCAGCUAACGUUAGCUAGCUAACGUGACUACAGGGAUCCCGAAGAAAACGCAGUAUUUCAGAGAAGACGUUUAAUUGAAAGGCUCUAAACUAAUCCAGUGGCUUGUUUCAUGAAUUAUGUCUGCUACAAGUAUUGACCCUCAGAAGAAUUCAAAAGGACAGGACGCUAACGUUAAAGUCUUUCCGGUUUCAGUGCAGAAUGGCUCACUCCACCAGAAGGAAUCUGUCCAUGAUAAUGACUUUGAACCCUAUCUCACUGGCCAAUCUAAUCAGAACAACAGCUACCAAUCCAUGACUGACCCUUACCUGUCCAGCUACUAUGCCCCCUCGGUUGGAUUCCCAUACCCCCUGAGCGAGGCCCCAUGGUCCACUGGUGGUGACCCCCCUAUCCCCUACUUGACCCCCUAUGCACCCCUCAGUAAUGGAGACCAUCAUUUCAUGCAUGACACCGUGUUUGGCCAGCCUGGGGGGCUUGGCAGCAGCAUCUACCCGCAUAGGUUUAACUUUUUCCCUGAGAACCCGGCCUUUUCCGCCUGGGGUACCAGUGGGUCUCAAGGCCAGCAGACUCAGAGUUCAGCCUACGGGGGCAGCUACAGCUACCCUCCCAGCUCCCUGGGGGGCACACUAGUCCCCGAUGGCCAAACAGGUUUCCACAGUGACACUCUGAACAAGGCGCCAGGCAUGAACAGCCUGGAGCAGGGGAUGCUAGGGCUGAAGAUAGGCGGGGACGUGUCGGGCAGUGGCUCGGGCGUGAAGAGCGUGGGCUCUGUGAUUGGCGGCGGCGGCAGUGCUGUGGCUCAGGCUGUUGCUACUGGCAACGGUGGAACACCAAUUGGCAUGCCCCCUCCUAAGCCCACAUCCUGGGCCGCUAUCGCCAGCAAACCAGCCAAGCCACAGCAGCUGAAGGCUAAGGCCAAGCCAGGCAUGCCCAUGGGGGGAGCCCUGCCACCACCGCCAAUCAAACACAACAUGGACAUUGGGACAUGGGAUAACAAGGGGCCUGUUAGUAAAGUGGCACCUCCGCUGCCCCACCACCACCAGCAGCAGCUCCACUCUCAUGGCCAUGCUCACAUUCCUCAUGGGCUCCCCCCUCCUCCUCAACAGUCCAUGCAGUCCGCCCAGUCCCUUGUUCAGCAGAUGACCAUGGGCCCGCCUCCUCUACAGUCAUACCAGAACCACAAUUCAGGCCCACCCCCUCAAACCCGCUGGGUUGCCCCGCGCAACCGUAACCCGGGUUACGGUGGGGGCAGCAUGGACAGCAGCGGUUCCUCUAGCGGCGGGGGUGUCGGGAAUGGUGGCGGAGGGGGAGUUGGGCCUCCAUUUUCUGGCCCCGGUCUAGAAAACCACCCGGUUCUGGAGAAACUGCGAGCUGACCACAGCUACAACCCUAAGGAGUUUGACUGGAAUCUGAAAAAUGGACGCGUGUUCAUUAUUAAGAGCUACUCUGAGGACGACAUCCACCGCUCCAUCAAAUACUCCAUCUGGUGCAGUACAGAGCAUGGCAACAAGCGUCUGGACUCAGCCUUCCGUGCCAUCAGUGCCAAAGGUCCUGUCUAUUUGCUGUUCAGCGUCAACGGUAGUGGGCACUUUUGUGGCGUGGCGGAGAUGCGCUCACCUGUGGACUAUGGCACCAGUGCUGGCGUUUGGGCCCAGGACAAAUGGAAAGGGAAGUUUGACGUGGACUGGCUGUUUGUGAAGGACGUGCCCAAUAGCCAGCUGAGGCACAUCAGACUGGAGAACAACGACAACAAGCCAGUGACCAACUCCAGGGACACCCAGGAGGUCCCUCUGGAGAAGGCCAAGCAGGUGCUCAAGAUCAUCGCCACUUACAAACACACCACCUCCAUCUUUGAUGACUUCUCUCAUUAUGAGAAAAGACAGGAGGAGGAAGAGGUUGUCAGAAAGACUUAUGAGCCGGCUCCAAUACAGAGAGGGUCCCGACUAGAUCAGGAACGCCAAAACCGAAGUAAACCACAAUAGAAGACUGCUACUUAUAGUUUAAUCAAUGGUUGUACUUGGAUGGACAUUUUGAAACUUAAAUCAUGAAGAAAGAUGACAAAGAAAUUGGAAACGUAUAUAUCUUUUUCUAUUUAAUUUUAAUGACUUUGGCCCACAUUAAACAUUGAGCCACCUUGCUUUUUGAAACCAGUUUCCAUUAAUCAAAUUGCUUCAUUGUUUGUUUUCUUCUGUAUUUUUAUUUGCUAUACACCCACACCCACAUCCUUAAUUAUGAUUAACAAAUAUCUGCACGUUAUUUGAAAAUAUCUUAACAUGCUGCUGAUAUUCAGUGACAUUUCAUCUUGUGGUGGUGUGAGUGUUGGAGAAAUGUUAAGUGCUUGUAUUGGUUGUUUUGAUUAUGGCAGAGUGACCGUGACAGUAAGUGAAUCUUGACAAAUGUUUGAAAGCUACUUGGCCAGUUUUAGUUUUCAUAAUCAGAAAUCUUUUUGACCACGUCAGGGUGACAUUAUGGCUUGGUAGAAGAUUGCCUAUGUUAAAAGCUUAUGCAAACUGCAAUAGAAUGGAUAAUGUGACGGUUGUGAAAUUUGAAAACAUGUUUAAACACAAAUAUUUUUCAAAAUGUAUCACUUGGCUCAUCACUGUUGUGUCGACCAAUUGUUGAAAAAGAUACAGGACGGUUUAUUCUAAUAUUUUUUCCAUAGUGGAGCCUUAACAUUUCUUUCUGACAACAGUGUAAGUUAAACUUGUAUCUGUACUGUAACUCAAGUGUGAAGUCAGUUCAGACCCCCUCUUAGUUCUUAAUGGGAUGCAAACAUAUUGUCGGUGUGUUAGUUAAUAGCCAGGCAAUAUGAUUUUGUUGUCUUUUCCCCUUUUUUCUUAAUCAUAGCCAUUAACCCUUUUCGGUUGUUAUCCAGCAAUGGGUCUUUUUUAAGUCAAUUUGGGGACAAAAUGUAGCAUGUACUGCUUUUUAAAAUCGAGAUAGCCCUUUCAUUCUUUCUGUUUGUUGUCUUUUCUUAACAGAAUUAAAACAUUUAUAUUUUUGUCACUAUAACCCUUACAUUUCAUCCUCAAAUGUUAAGCUUUAAUGUACUGGCAAUGCUAACUGAGAAUGCCUCAAAUGUGUAAGCUUAAAAUGUAUUGUUACUGAUUUAUUGUCAAGUGUAUGAAAACCCAGAGAAUAGUCUAUAUGGUAUCUAUGCGAUUGUUUUUUGGACCUGCUUGCUCUAGUGAGUGUGUGUGUGAGUGUGAAAGACGAGAGAAAGUGUAAUUAUUGAGGGGAAUAAGAUUUAUAUAACGGCAUUGGAAAAGAUUAUUGAGAAGAUACGAACAUUUAAAGUCACCCCUGAAUUAAAUAUGCAUUGUAUCAAAGGUCACUAUCACAUUCUUAGAUUUGAUCAUGGUCAUUAUUAAAGGAAUACUAUCUGUUGG